CUUUCUCUACCACGAUUCUGCUCGGGACUCGAGUGCAGGCUCCUGCAAUGGUGUCGUCUGCUGCGCUGAGCAUCGAAGCUUCAGUAAGAGAGAACAAGUUCUCGUCCAUGGACACAAGAGACGACGUCAAGUCUCGUUGGUUCAAGACUCGCCAACUGCUGCAGAGUAUCCAAAACUCCCCUUUCUGGUCGCAUCGAUGGCUCGGUUGGGCUUUCGUCUACGUCUCGGUAUUACUAGUCUUCCUUGUGGAUCGCUCAGUCGGACUAUCGGCGCUCAUCGAGAUGUACGGAAGUGACAAGGACCACACGCUAGGAGUGACGCUUGGAGCACUGGGUCUGGGUAUGCUUGAGGACUGGAUCUGCGCCACGUACCUCGUCGCCGUGCUGUGGCUCAUCGACUUCUUCCUAAGCCAGACCCUUGGCGCCUCCUCUGAUAGUAUGACGCUCCAGACUUUCAUCAAGUGGAAGCGGCAGCGAAUUCUUCGUCGUGGAGUCACGUUCGUGACUUCGUGGCUUCUCUUCGUGGCCACCGCAGCUCCGUUCGCUGUAGACAUGAUGCUGGUUCGUCUUCGUAGCAUGCGUUUCACCUUCGAGAUCGUGUCGAUGGCCAUUGCAGAGAGCGACAUGGCACAGUGCUCGCUCUAUUUGCCACGUUCUUCGGCUUCACUUCCGCACAUGGACGUCAUGGCCAGAUCCUCACACGCUGGAACCCGACAACACCCUUUACUGCAUCUCGGAAGGAGAAUCUGGCUUACCCCUCCAAGAAAGACGACGAAGAUCUGGACGCCAAAAGAGGAAAAUAACAUCAUGGUUUCUGCCUUCAUCUAA